AAUUAAAAAGGAAGUCCUGAGCCUGCAGAACAAAGGCUUAUAUGACAUUGAGUACAGUUUCAAGCUGACCACUGGAAGUGCCAAGAGGGGCGACUUGGAAUCUCCCUUCACUGUCCGGCCGCAGAGGGCUGUGCUGAAAGCCUCCCGGCCACCUGUGAAAGUUGAGGUCCUCUUCCACCCCACGACUGAAGUGUUUCUCGAGAGCAAACCCAUCCUGCUCUGCCAGGUCACUGAUCUCAAAUCGGGUCAAGGAGGCGAGACCAUUGCCACCAUCCCAGUGAGGGUGUCGGCGAGAGCCGUGUACAGCAAGUACAGCAUCGAGCCUGCCUCGCCCAUCGACUUCGGUGCCAUGGUUCAGGGCACCAAGAAGAGCCAGGUCCUAAUUGUGGAGAACAAAGGUGCUCUUAACUUCAAAUUCCUCAUCCACCGAGCACCUCCACUGCAAAGUUCACAGCAAGAGGAAUCUGCCCCCUCGGUCAGGGAAAGAAAACGCUCAACGCAGGCUCAGCUCACUGUAGGCAUGUUCACCGUGUCCCCUUGCUCCGGCUCCGUCGGUCCUUGGGGCCAGCAAAACAUCACAGUGGAUCGCAACGCAGGAGCAAAGGGGAAAUGCGAGGAGCAGCUGUACAUUGACAUCAGCAACAGAGACCCCAAGGACAAUCCCCUCGGCAUUCCCUUUACCCUGACUGCCGAGUCCUGCUUCCCAGCACUUGUUGAAGACGUGCGUCGGUAG